AUGGCGAUAUGUGCAUCACACCCAACUUCCAUAUCCUCCAAAUCACCAUCUUUCAUUCCAUCAUUUCAGUCAAGUACUACAAUACUCUUCUUCUCUCUAUCCAGCUUCUCCAAUAAUUUCCGUCAACAAACACGGUUCCCUCACAUGCACAUCCACACCACCACCAUGUCUCACCGGUACCAGACUCGCUCUGCCAUUAACCAACCAAGAAAAGGUUCGGAUAUCCUGGUGGAAGCCCUUGAGCGCGAAGGCGUCACCCAUGUCUUUGCCUAUCCAGGAGGCUCCACCAUAGACAUCCAUCAAUCCUUAACCCACUCAUCCAUCAUCCGUACCAUCCUGCCACGUCAUGAGCAGGGUGGAGUGUUUGCUGCAGAAGGCUAUGCUCGUGCCUCCGGUUUCCCUGGCGUCUAUAUCGCAACAUCAGGUCCUGGAGCUACAAAUCUUGUGACUGGAAUCGCAGAUGCUAUGCACGAUAGUGUCCCAUUGGUUGCCAUUACUGGCCAAGUUCCACGAAAAUUAAUGGGCACUGAUGCCUUCCAAGAAGCACCCAUUGUUGAGUUGACUUGUCUUAUUACUAAGCAUAAUUACCAAGUCAGGAACGCAAAAUAUAUCCCUCGAAUUGUUCAUAAGGCUUUCUUUCUUGCUAAACUCGGAUCAACCUUCUGUAGCAAACACUCCACCCUGCUCAUGACGUGGUAG